AUGACAUAUAUCACAGACUGGAAUGAAUUUCAAACUGGUGUUGAGGAACUUUAUUUGAAUUCUCCAAAAGAGACAAGAUAUUUAGUUUCUUGGAAACAUUCUCAGGCUUCACUUGUUUUAAAAGUUACUGAUAAUUUUAGAGUGUUGAAGUAUAAAACAGAUCAAGCUGUUGAUCUAAAGAAAUUUGAAAAAUUAAACAAAUCUUUAAUGUGUAAAAUGCAAAAUCGUAAAAUUCCAGACGAUCAAGUUGUUGAACCAACGGCAUCAACUACACCUUCCGCCACCAACACUGCUGCUUCUACCACUUCCACCAAUGUGGCCACUAUAAAAUCAGAGUCAUCACAAGUUGUUGCAUCAGAAAGACCAGCAGGCUUUCAAUCAUACCCAACUAGACCUGCCCCUGGGCAACCUUUUUCACAAGCUCCACCAUAUGUACCGCCGCCGCCGCCACCACCACCAACUUCUACAGUUUGGACUGAACAUUCCUCCCCUGAUGGUAGAAAAUAUUAUUUUAAUUCUAUCACAAAACAGAGUAGUUGGGAUAAACCCGACGAAUUAAAAACUCCUGAAGAGCGAUCAAUAGGUUCUUGUGCUUGGAAAGAAUUUACAGCGGAUAAUGGCAGUAAAUAUUAUUAUAAUUCCAAUACAAAAGAAUCUAAAUGGGAAAUUCCAGCUGAAUACAAAGAAUUUCUUGAUAAACUUGAAAAAGACAAAAAAAAAUUAUCAUUUUCUGAAUCACCAUCACAAGCAAAUGGUAAUGCUUUGUUGUCACCUAGUCAACAAGAUUUUGAGAGAGCAAGACAAUUGAGUGUACCGAUUGUUAGUCCUGUAAAUGUAUCGCCCGGUAAUAUUUCUAUAAGAUCUGGUGGUCUCGCUGCUCCUAUUGGUCCAAAUGUAUCCGUCAUACCUAUUCAACAACAAGAAACACAAAAGAUCGAAUUUGAAACAAAAGAAGAAGCUGAAAAGGCUUUUCAUGAAUUACUUAAAGAAUCUGGUGUCAAACCUGAUUGGACAUGGGAACAAACUAUGAGAGCUAUUAUUGGUAAACCAAUGUAUCGUGCUCUUAAAACAUUAGCCGAGCGUAAACAAGCAUUUCAUGAUUAUAUUGAUGGACUAAGAAAGAAGGAAGAAGAUGAAAAAAGAGCCAAAGCUAUUAAAAUACGUCAAGAUUUUAUAUCGUUACUUGAAUCUCAUCCUGAAGUAAAUUCAUCUACACGUUAUAGAAAAAUUAAUGAAUUGUUUGGAAAAGAACAAGCAUUUUUAGCAAUUGAAGAUGAUAGACAACGAGAAGAAAUAUUUGGUGAAUAUAUCUACGAUCUUCAGGCUACAAGAUGGCUUGAGGCUCAAACUAUAUACACAAGCACGCCUGAAUAUCAACGAGAUAAAAAGUUACAAGAUAUGGAUAUGUUGGAUUUUUUGGCUGUCUAUGAGGAACAUAUUAGAUCAUUGGAACGUGAAUCAGCAGAAAAGAAAAAACGUGAACUUGAAAAUCAAAAUCGACAACAACGUAAAAACAGAGACGCAUACCGUGCUUUAAUGGACGAAUUACGCAAGAAAAGUGUAAUUAAUGCAAACUCCAAGUGGAAGGAAAUAUUUCCAUUAAUUACUAAUGACGAGCGUUAUCAAAAUAUGCUUGGUCAACCCGGAUCAAAUCCUCUAGAGUUAUUUUGGGAUGUUGUUGAAGAACUUGACAAGAUUUUGUACCAACAACGUAAAGUUGUAACAGAAGUUUUAAAGUCAAAGGAUAUUUCAGUUAAUUCAGGAAUGACUUUUGAACAAUUCAAAGAAACUCUUAAUUCUGAUGAACGAGCAUCUUUAAUUUCUGAAAUAAAUCAGAAAAGCAUAUUUGAACAACUACAAAGAAAAUCUGAAAGAAGACAACGUCGAAAGAUAGAUGCAUUUAAAUCAAUAUUAAACAAGAAUUUGGAUAUAUCCCUGACGCCAGAAAUAACAUAUGAUCAGGCAAGACCACACAUUGAAAAAACUGACGAAUUUAAAGCAAUCGAUACAGAAGAACAACGCAUUGAAAUUUUUAAUAAGUUUAUGGACCAUGAUGACAGUGAAGAGGAGGAGGGUACACUUAAGGAUGAUGAUUAUGAAGAUGAUAAACAUACAUCUGCUGGUGAUUAUUCUGACAGAGAAAGAGAUGGUGAUAGAAGAAAAAGACGAAAACAAAAACCCAAAUACGAAUCACGACAUUCAGAAUCAAGAUAUCAAGAUCAUAAUAGUAGCAGCAAUAAUAGUGGUAGUAGACAUUCUGAAUUAAAACAUGGUGAACACAUAUCACACUCAUCAAAAUCACCAAGACUUCAUCACGAUCAUCAUAAACCAACGUCUACCACUUCUACUUCUAACAUCGUUACAUCUGCUAAUAAUACUUUUAGUAUCGCUGAUGCUGAUGUUGGUAGUACCGAUUCUUCAAGCAAUUUAAUAACUCAAUCACCAAAAAUAGAAGCUGUUGAUAAAAAUUCGUCGCCUAAAUUAGAAGUAGUUGGUAAAGCAAUAUCUUCCAAACCUGAAUUUCGUCAAAAACAUCAUCAUGGGGAUUCAAGUGCUGAAGAAGGCGAGUAUGUGGAGUAA